AUGUUUCUCCAGGAUUACCUCAACGAACAAGGAGAUCGGGUUUACACACUAAAGAAAUUUGACCCUAUGGGACAGCAGACCUGCUCAGCCCAUCCUGCUCGCUUCUCCCUGGACGACAAAUACUCAAGACACCAAAUCACCAUCAAGAAAUGCUUCAAGGUGCUCACGACUCAGCAACCACACCCUGUUCUCUGAGAGUCCCUUGAAUUUCAUGUCCCUUCUGUCACCUGCUCUGUUUCAGAGAAUUCAUAACCAAACUCGUUAAUCUGUGAGCCACAAAGAAGCUUU